AUGCUCUCCCAGUUACUGCUGAGCCAGUUCAGUCUCGCCACAAUAAACACCACAUUCAUUUCUUGCUUACUCAUAACUAUCACUUGGCCUUGGCCAUUCUAUCGCUGAAUCUUCACGGCUUAUUCUGCCAUACAUACAUCUAGUUCGAGCUCUCAUAUAGGCUCGCUAUCACCUACUAUCUUUAUAUUUCUGCACUGACAUUCACUUUUCGUCAAGGCCGAAGAACAUACACUCACAAUGUUUCUGCAAUCCGUCCUCACCGCUGGCCUCUUUUGGGCUCCAGCGGCCCUCGCUGGUUACAACGCAGGUGCUACGGACAAUAUCGCUAUAUAUUGGGGUCAAAACUCAGCCGGCAUCUCGAAUGCUGAUAAAUCCCAAAAGUCUCUGGCUGAAUACUGCGCCAACACCGAUGUAGAUAUCAUCCCCAUUGCCUUCUUAGCCAAGUUCAACCCCAUGGAGAUAGACUUAACGAACAUGGAUGAUGAUGAGAACAUGGGGCAGGAGAUUGCUUCAUGCCAGCAAGCCGGCAAGACCGUCCUUCUAUCUAUUGGCGGUUCCAUGUUCACUCAGGGGCCCUCUAGCCAGCAACAUGCACAGUUAUUAGCUGACCAGGUCUGGGGCAUGUUCGGACCUAAAGGCAACGCUGGCAACAGCAUCACCCGUCCAUUCGGCGACGCCGUCGUGGACGGCUUCGACCUCGACAUUGAAGCAGUCCUCCCCAAUAUUGCACCCUUCGCCGCUCGCCUACGUGAGAACAUUGACAAGGCCAAUAGUGGUGGCAGCCGUAAAUUUUACCUUUCCGCGGCACCGCAGUGUCCCUUCCCAGACGUCAACAAUGAAGCCAUUCUCCACGGUGACAAUGCUAUUGCCUUCGACUUCGUCAUGGUCCAAUUCUACAACAACCCCGUAUGCGACAUCCGUGUGUUUGCCGUCGGGAGUGACCCUAAGGAGGCAGGUUUCAACAUGGCCCAGUGGGAUGAGUGGGCCCGCUCGAGCAAGAACCCGAACAUGAAGGUGUUCCUCGGCAUCCCGGGCGGCCCCACCGCCGUCACCUCGACCGAGAAGGCAUCGUACAAGGCCCCCAACAUGCUCGCGCCCAUCGUCGCCUACAGCAAGUCGUUCUCGAGCUUCGGCGGCGUCAUGAUCUGGGACAUGUCGCAGGUCUACGCCAACGACGGUUUCUUAGCCGCCAUCGCCAACGACGUCAAGGCGCCCGCUGCGUCCGGCGGCCCCUCCAACACGAACACGAUGCGCCAGUCCAGCCACGCGCAUGCGCGGCGAUUGCGGAGAACCCACCAGCGGGAUGUUCGCUUAUGAUGUUUCUUGGAUGCGUUUGUCCUCUUUGUUCUGAUUUCGGCCUUGGUUCUCCUUGUGUGAGCAGCGAAAGAAAGAAGGGGAGAAAAAUAGCAAAUAGCAAGGUCGUUUUUGAAAAAAGGGGGGAAGCGCAAAGAUAUACGACACGACCACAGCUAUACCUGAAGGUGACGGCGACGAGCAUCUCGGGACCAAAUUGGGGAUAUGGAAAUCUACGAAAAAUGGUGAUGUGGGUGAAACUGGGCGGAUUUAUUCUUGCAAAAAGCAGAAGCAAAAUAAAAAACAAGAUUUAUCUUGAUAUAUCACAGAUUAUGACGGGGGCGCCAUUCCAGGGGCUUGUUUGGUUUACAAAACAAAUAUGCUUGGAAUGGGCAUUAUAUGAACCUAUAGAUACCCAUCUCCGCCAGUGGGUGGAGAUUUCCCCCCUUCUUCGUUUCCUUUUU